AUGGAUUCCUCACAAGAGGAUCAUUCAUCACGUUCUCCGACUUCGGUCCCUCCUGUCUCUAGUCGAGAGAACGGCGAGGUUCAAGAAUCUACCGACAUCUCUAUGGCUCAGUUAAAUCUCCCAAUGGCUCCCACCUCCCUCACAAUCGACCUCGUCCCCUCAGGUCCGCAAUCGGAGACGACCCCAGAGACACCUCGUGACCCCAGGCAACCUGCCUCAACAUCAAUCGAAUCGGUCGAAGAUACCGAGCAUGCAUACUGGGCUGAGAUUGAAGAAGAUCGAUCGGGUCCGGAUGAGGAGGAAAUGAAGGAGAUCAACGCCUCGGAACAAGACUACAGCGCAUGUGAUCAUGCCUACUGGGAGAGCAACUUCUUCCGGGACUUAGAUGAUCCCGAGUACAUCCCCAGGGAAAAGGUGCGUCUCACGUGGACGCUCAAAGGAGUUCGAGGCACACGUGAGGCGCCAAAUCGCGCCAAGGUCAUGCGUUCCCCCGCUGCAUUUGUGGGCGGUUAUUGGUGGCGGAUCAAGUUUUAUCCUCGAGGAAACAACGUGGGCUCUCUCAGCGUUUACAUUGAGUGCUCUCCAACCAUGCCCGCGCCUGAUGAGAUGAUCCCUGAAUCCGAGUUCACUGUUCGUCGAGGCAAAGCCGAGGUGAAACUCGAUGAUGUGCUCUCAGAGUUCGAUGUCAAAACGCCAGCUACAGAUGAUUCAGCGGCGUGGAUGAAUGAGUUCAAGGCCAAAUAUCUCCAAAGCGUUCCCGAUGCUCAGGCCACGGAAGUCAGGGAUGGGGCUCCGUCGUCCGGCCCGUGGCGUGUGGCAGCGCAGAUCGGUGUCAUCGUGUACAAUCCCGAGGAACCUCGAACCGGAUGGAUGCAAUCCUCGUGUCACCAAUUCAAUCCCCACAAUCUGGAUUGGGGCUGGACCUACUUCCACGGUCCGUGGGACCAAAUACACAAAAGACGGCGCGGGCAGCAUCGGGCACUUUUGAACAACGAUACCCUUGCCUUUGAUGCAUAUAUUCGGGUGAUCGAUGACCCCACGCGCUCCCUGUGGUGGCAUCCUAGUGACUCGGAGCCCACCUGGGACAGUCUCGCCCUAACGGGCUAUCGUCCUCUGGGUGACUCAGUCAUCAAUCACAGCGCCGAAGUGGCCGGCCUGGCAUCCUGGCUUCACCUCGCCCCUGUCUGCAAGAUCAUCGAGGGUGUUGAUGUUCUCGAGCACCUCACCAACUCUGACGUCAAGCCUAAGCCUCUAUGUGAUGCGCUACAGAAGCUACUAUGGCAGCUGCGCCGUCCUAGCAAGUCCCACCAGUACGUGGACACGGAUGGAAUCACCUCGACCUUGCGUAAUCUGCGCGAAUUCUCGAGCGAUGUCUCUGAGUUCUGGGAGCGCCUGCGGCGAACACUAGAGAUCGAACUUGCGGGUUCUGCGGCUGGUCGGGAAUUCGCCAAGUUGUUUGAUAGUCCAGUGCUGGAAUCGUCUUCGUCCAAGAGCGAGGGAUCAUCCGCUGUGAACUACCUGCCCACUCAGUACAACUCACGCAUUUGCCUUCGAGCCGACCAAGCUCAGUCGACAGGCCAGGCUGUAAGAGAAUACCUGGGAGCCAAGCCUGGACGAUGGUCUCUACCUCCUGUACUUCAUGUGGAGCUGGGUCGUCAUGUACUGGACAAGUCAAUGCGCUGGCAGCUCGCAUUCAACCGGGUGGAGCUGGACGAGGAGCUGGACCUUGCGCCCUUUGUGAUUGACGGUCAAGGAUCCAAAUAUGUGCUCUAUGGGUAUGUGGUUCACCGUGGUCGUCGCACCUCUGGAAAGUUCUUCAGUAUUCUACGCCCGGCUGGUCCGGGAAGUAAGUGGCUUGCUUUCGACGAUGGCAGUGAUAAUCGCGUGGAGUGUUUGACCAACAAAACCGCGCUGGGUCCUCAUCUCGGCCUCAAAGCAUCGGAACCCGUGGAUCAUAAGAAGGGACAUGACGUUCCUGUCAACGUUAUGUACGUCCGGAGUGACCUGGCGUCUGAAAUGCUCCCAGGCCCUCGAGGACCUUGGCAAACCUCGGAAGCUAUGCAGCAAUACUUUGAGACGGGUUUAUAUCAAACUGCCCGUGACGCGAAGAAGGCAGACGUCCCAGUAGAGGUGUAUUCAUCGGCGAGCUAUGACAAGCUUGAUAGCUUAUUCGAUGGCUAUGACCUGAUGAUGCAUGCCAAAGCUUCGAACGGCGUCAUGUACAUGACCCUGCCACGUUCGUCUCGUCUCGUGGAAUUGCGCAAGAAGAUCGCUCUCUGGAAAUCGGCGGGAACAGACAAUAUUCGUCCGGAAUUAGUGCGUCUCUGGCACAUUGGACAGGCAGGAACUCCUAGUUCCUCUCCGCUCGCGCUGGAUCUGAUUACCGACCUUAACGUCCCGUUGACUUCAUCUGAGACCCCUGUGCGAUUCUGGAUGGAAACAAUCUCAGAGGACGACGCAAAGAUCUUCGGCAUUCCUGAUCCACAGCCCGUCAUUCACACCGAGGACAAGGUUGAGGAGUCAAUUGUGGAACGUUCAGGCUUGAAUACUCCUGAGCUGACACCGUCCAUCGCCGAUGGGGAAGCUGUUGCCAGUUCAUCUGGAUAUAUUGGCUCCGCAGCCAUCGCGUCUCGUCUCGAAACUUCGAAUGCGACCGUCGACAACGCUGCUCAAGAAUCAGAAUCUCAAAUCGCCAUCGCCGCGGCAGAGGUUGACGCAGCGGUCACUGGGCCGGCUCCCGCCGUCACAGUGGCUAACGCAGCAGAUCAGCGCACGUCUUCCCCCGCCGAUCGUUCCGGUUCAAGUUCUCUCCCAUCGGCCGAAGCGCCGCAAGACUCAGUACCUCCUACCCCGGCAGACCAUGCGUUCUACUUCAUCCAGAUGUUUGAUCCAGAUAGCCAGACCCUACGAACCGUAGGAUCCUUCUUCUCCAAGCUUGAGGCCAACAUCAAGGCGUCUAUUCGGAAACACAUGAAGUGGACCAUUCGCCGUGACUUCCUCUUGUGGAAGCGGGUAGACGGCACCACAGUCAGCUCCGUGUCUCCGGCAGACACUUUCGGGGAUGCAAUGCUUGCUCAUGGAUCUUGCAUUAUCGUGGGUGAUAAGAUUACCAAGGAGAAACGAUCUCAGUUGAGCCUCGACGGUCUCUUCUCGAGUCCUGACCGACUCGUUCACUACCUUUGGGCUGAAUCCAGGCAUCACCCAACCAUGGGAUUCACUGGUCGACAAACUCUUGAGGCUACCUUCACAAAUGAUUUCUACAGUGGUGACUUCCUGAAAGGCUACUAUCACGGACAUGGCAAGCAUAUCUCGGCGACUGGCACCAUAUAUGAGGGAGAUUUCAUUUUCAGCCGUCGACACGGUAAAGGCAAGAUGGAAUACCCAACCGGAGAUACCUACGACGGCGACUGGGUGGACGACAUUCGCCAUGGUCAGGGUACCUAUAUCGAAAAAUCGACAGGCAACAAAUACGUCGGAGGCUACAAGGACGGCAAGCGCCACGGCAAAGGUAUUAGCUACUGGGAAGUCGCCGACGAGGAAGCUGAUCUCUGCCAGAUCUGCUACUCUGAAGAACAGAACGCCGUCUUCUGCGACUGCGGGCACAUCUGCUCAUGUGUGACGUGCGCCAAGCAGGUUGAUCUUUGUCCAAUUUGUCGCAAGACGAUCAAGAACGUGAUCAAGAUUUACCGAACCUGA